AUCGAUUUCGACCACCUCAUACGACAACAAACUCAGUCUCCUAACACCUCAAACUUCAUGGCAACCAGAGGUUCCCCCAUCCCAAUUUAAUAAUUAAUACCCCUUAAAACCUCAGCCCCCACCAUUAUUUUACCUUAAAAAACCAUCACUUUUUUUGUUAAUUCACAAAAACAUGUGAAAUAGACAGACAAGCUCAAUCCCCAACCUCCUGCUCCUCCGAUCAGCCGCCGUUAUGACCGCCGUUGUCACCUACUACCUCUCCCAACACCCUUCCAUCAUCACCUUCCGUUGGAGUCAUACCCAAUCAUGGGGCUCCACCUGGUCAUUCCUAGUCACCUCGAUCGCCCUUUACCUCACCCUCUCUUCCCUCCUCCACCUCUUUUUGUCCCUCCUCGUCAAACGUGGCAGGCCCGUUCCGCUCGGUCCAAUCCCCGCCCUCCACAGCCUCAUCAUGUCUGUCGUCUCCGCCGUCAUCUUCGCUGGAAUCCUCCUCUCCGCCGCCGCUGAAAUCAAGGAAACCCGAUGGUUCUGGCGCCGUUCCAAAACCCCGUUCCAAUGGCUCCUCUGUUUCCCUCUCGGAACCCGUCCUUCGGGCCGUGUUUUCUUCUGGUCCUACGUCUUUUACCUCUCUCGCUUCCUCCACAUGUUCCGUACAAUCUUCACAAUCUUCCGAACCCGAAAAUUAAACUUUUUCCAUCUUUUCAACAACUCCAUACUGACGAUCAUGUCAUUUCUGUGGCUAGAGUUUUCACAGUCGUUUCAGGUUUUGGCGAUCCUGUUUACGACCCUGGUUUACUCAGCGGUUUAUGGAUAUAGAUUCUGGACGGGAAUAGGGUUACCAAGCGCUUGCUUUCCAUUCGUUUUGAAUUGCCAAAUCCUGUUGCUAGGCUGCAACCUGGUUUGCCAUGUCGGGGUUUUGAUGUUGCAUUUCAUGAAAGGUGGUUGCAACGGGAUUGGAGCCUGGGUUUUGAACUCGAUUUUGAAUGGGGUUAUUUUGUUACUGUUUUUGAAGUUUUAUGUUCAGAGCAGAAGAAAAUAUGGGAAACAAGCUGAGGUGAGGGAAAUUGUCAAAGACAAAGAUUUGUGAGUGAUUUAAGGUUCUUGGGGUUUUUUUGUUAGUAAAAACAAGUUCUGUAACUAAAUCGCUGAUAGUACUAUAACUAUAAUUAAUGAUAUAUACUUCUCCAUUUCUCUCUUUUCUUGUGUUAAUUAUUUACUUGCUUUUUGCUACAAAUUCCAAAAAGCCGCAGAUUGAUAUCUGAACCGAAAAGAUUUUAUCAGCAAAUGUUAUGUUUAGUGGAAUGAGAAAUUAAUGCAACUGGAGUAUCUUUAAAAAGCACAUAUAAAUAUAAUGGAUUAUUUUUAAUAGAAUUGUCCUUAAUGGCCAAAAAGUGAUUUGUAGGUAAAAUAUCACAUUUGUUGUCCGGUGAUGUCAUAAAUUCUUUUACCAAUGAUUAAAGAUAUAGAGGAGCGAGAAAGGAAUAUCCCAUGCUGGCCGCAAUUCACUGAUCAGGAUAAUGCUGUAUGGUAGAAUUGAGUGUUUUGGUAUCUCAAAUGCAAUCUUAGAGGUUCACCUUUUGUGGAAUAAUAGAAGUGUCAGUAUCUUGAGGGAGGGAUCUGAUCUCACUGUUUGCAAAUGGUUGCACAUUAUAUAUAGGACACACACCACACUGAUUUUCUGUGCAAUUUUCAGACUUCAGGUGGAA